GUUAGGUAUAUUUGAAAAAUAUAUUUUAUUAUUUGUUUUAUGUUAUGGUUUUUCCAAGAGCGACUUAAGGGUUAAGUAUCGCCAGUCGAGAAUCCAAAGCAGGGUAUCGUUGAGUUCAAAAAGCAGAUCUUAAAGGAAGCACGUGAUUCAAAGUAUGCGAUACACCCCAAGGGUACCAAGACGUAUGGAAUGCUCACUGGAUGACAUGGUGGUUUGGCACGAUAAAGGAAGUUGCAAGAUCCGAAUAAAGGUACUUAAGUCACCGACAAGUAAAGUAGGGAGAUGUAAACAUGGAUUUCGUGCUUAAACUAUCAUUCACAAAGAGAAGGUACGAUAGCGUUUAGAGAAUCAAGCCAGCUCCGGAUAGCGACUAAAGUUCUACUUGGUGGUUGAUGAGGUUAAUGAGAUGAGGAUGAUUCCUUAGGCAUGGUUGGAUGUUUAAGCAUGGUUAUUUUCAUUCUAGAAGCUAAGAUCUUGAUAUUUUAUUUCCUUGGAGAUUUAAGGUUCGUAUUGAUGGUGCUUCAUCGAUUCAAGGUGGUUGAUAUUGUUGGUGAUAAUUUACAAUGAUAAGGAGUAUGAUUUUUGGGACGGAGUUAGAAUUUAAGAAGUGUGGGUUAAGGAUCUAGUGAUUUGUUCAUAGUAUUGGUGGUGAUGCUAGAAUUAAGAUUUAAAUUUCUUAUUGCUUGAGGUGUGGAUUCAUGGAAUCUAUUUGAAAUUGGGAAAACUUAGGGUUUUCAAGAAUGGUAUUUGGAUGUUGAGAAUUUUAUUCAUGACCUUGAUGAAUUUAGUUAAAAGAAAGAUUGAUGUUUGUCGAGGUUAAGACUAUUGGUAAAUCAAUGAGGAGCAAGGGUUUUAUAAUUGUAAGUACUAGGAGGGUAAUCGAAGAUAAGUGAAUUAAUCUCAACCUUAACUUGGUGAUACCAGUAUUUGAGGAAAUUAGACUUAAGUUCUAAUCUUACCUUUUGGAUUGCUGAUCGAGUUACGAGAGUUGGUUGUUGGUUUAAGGAUGCAUGCUUUAGAAGCACCUUAUGGUUAGCGUUCGACUAUGACCAAGACUUGUAGAUCGUGUUCUCGUGGACCAAUUUGACUAUCCUUAAUUAGUGGGCAUGAGAAGGAAAGUUGCACAAGAGGGAAGUUAAAGUCACUAUUAGGCGAAUGUAGUGGCAGAUGCUUUGAGUAGGAAGGCUACUGGAUCCCUUGCUCACAUCCAAGUCAUCCAACUACCUCUCAUGGUGGAGUUGAAGAAGAUGGGGGUGUUAAUGCAUAUGCAUCCUUUAGGAGUUCUCAUGGCUAGCUUCCAGGUACGACCGGUGUUGGUGGAUCGUAUAGUAGAGACCCAAAUGGAAGAUCCUAAGUUGAGGACAAUUAAGGGCAAGGUACAAGAAGGUCUUGAUCCGGAAUUUUCCAUAAGGAGGGAUGGAGCCCUCGUGUAUAAAGGACGACUUUGUGUUCCGGAUAUUCCAGGACUCAAGAAGGAGAUUUUAGAGGAGGCGCAUAGCUCGAUGUAUGCGAUGCAUCCGGGAAGUACCAAGAUGUACCGGACGCUUGUUAAGUAUUAUUGGUGGAUUGGUAUGAAGAGAGAAGUGGCAGACUUCGUAUUAAAGUGUUUGAUUUGUCAACAAGUGAGAGCAGAAAGACAGAAGCCUUCGGGACUACUCCAACCUUUACCGAUUCCCGUGUGGAAGUGGGAAGAACUCAACAUGGACUUCGUAUUCAAGCUUCCUUCCACACCUAGAAGGUACGACGGCAUUUGGGUAAUCAUUGAUCGUCUCACCAAGUCGGCACACUUCCUACCGGUACGAGAACGUUUUUCGCCCGAGAAGUUAGCCCAGUUGUUCAUGCAGCGCAUUGUAAGUCUUCAUGGAGUACCGUUAGCCAUCGUCUCCGAUCGAGAUCCGCGCUUUACUUCACGACUAUGGCGGAAGUUGGCUGAUGCACUAGGAGCAAGACUUAACUACAGCACCGCUUUUCACCCACAAUCUGAUGGACAAGCAGAGCGCACAAUCCAGACAUUAGAAGACAUGCUAAGGUCUUGCAUUAUGCAGUUUCGUGGUAGCUGGGAUGAACAACUGCCAUUGAUAGAGUUUUGUCCUCCUGCGUACCGUGAGGCGAGAAGGAGAGAGUUCGAAGAACUACGACAGGGGAACAUGACAGUGACAGAGUACGAGAGGAGAUUCCGAGAACUAUCAGAAUUCUACAUGCACCUAAUUCCCGACGAUCACACGAAGAAGGUGAGGUUCAUAGACGGAUUGAAAGAGAGCAUCAGCUACACCCUUUCUGGAUCAGUACAUCCCACCUAUCAGUCCGCCAGGGAUGCAGCGCUCGAGCUAGAGAGACAGGAGGAGAUACACAGACCCGCGAGGCGCAGAUCAUUCGAAGGUUCGUAUAGCGGAGUACCUCGACAGGGGGCAGCUAAGAAGAGCCAUAGCUCAGGCUCAGACAGUGAUGGGUUAAGCCCACGAGGCAGAUUCCAGAGGAGAGAUAGUUAUCGCAUGCCCCAGCCAGCUCGCCAUUCGAUCAGUGUGGAUGCAAGCUCGUAUCAGCAGUCACGCAUUGGUUCUCCGCGGAUUUGUCCACUUUGUAGGGGGAAUCAUUCUGGGCAGUGUCAGAUGGAUGGUUUAUGCUUUCGGUGUGGGCAGCCAGGCCACAUAAGGAGGGAUUGCCCUUAUGGUAGCAGCAGUGUGCUAGAAGCAGGUCGACGGACACAGCAUACGGGGAUAUUUCCAGGACAGAGUUCCCAGGGGAGUCAGCCAGUAGGAGUUUCUUCGGGAUCAGUACAGCCGUCUGCAGGAUCGAGUCGAGGUAGAGGAAGGAGACCCCAGCAGACAAGUCAAGGCCGGGUGUUUGCUAUGACGCAGCAGGGAGCCAGGACUACGCCCGACGAUUUCACAGAUCAAGGGAUGGAAACAGACCUGAUCCUGUUGGAUCUAUCCGGACUUGAAGUAGUGUUGGGCAUGGAUUGGUUGGCAAGGAACCACUUGGUCGAGGAAGCAACGUGGGAACCCGAAGCACAGAUGCGUGAGCAGUACCCGUAUCUGUUCCAGUGACGUGCGGAAAUUUCGAGGACGAAAUUUUUGUAAGGGGGGAAGGCUGUAACACCCCGUCCCGAAUCGCACCGGAAUCCGUGCACGUUGACCGAGGUUGACCGUUGACCGAAGGGGGUCAAAAGUUGACUUUUUGACUCGGUAAGAAUUUUGAGUUGACUAGGGUACCGUGGCGAAGUGCACGAUGCCACGAGUUCGUAGUCUGGUAGCACGUCGAAAACGGAGCUACGGUUUGAAAGUUAUGGACGAAACAAGUUGCGGUCCAAACUGUCCAAGGGGUGCCGGAGUUGACUUUUUGUUUAUGGGGAAUUGAGCUUUGACUCAUGCAUGGUUGUGAAGUGCUCGUCGAUACGAGUUCACAGACUAGCGGCACGCUCAAAACGGACAUCCGGUUAAAAAGUUAUGGACGUUUGAAAUUUACCGGAUACCGUAUUAUUUUAAUAUUUUUUUUUGGGUCGGUGAACAGUGAAACGCCACGUGUCAGUUUCUGAUUGGUCCACGUGGCAUGAACAGUGUCAUGCAGGGUUUUAAUUUUGAAAAACUCUCGGGGAAGAGAGAGAAAGAGAGAGAAGAGAGAGAAAGAGAGAGAAAGAGAGAGAGAGAGCCACCGCCGGCCACCGGAUUUUGCCACUGUUCCGGCCGAGUUACUGUACACGCGCCGGACAGAAAGCUUGCCCACCUCAUUUCCGGCAAAACCUCCAAAUUUCACGGCGAACGGCCGCCGGACGCGCCCGGAUCGGACGUCCGAAGUUUGGCGGCGAUUUUUCUCCCUCCACCGCCGGCCACCGCGAAUCGGCACUAUUCCGGCCGAUCUACAGUACACGCGCCAUACACCCAACAUCCUCUCCUCAAGUCCGGCCUACCCACCAAAAAUCACGGCCAUCGGACCACCGACGCGCCGGGAUCGGAGCGUUUUCCGGCGAGGGGUCAAAAAUCUUCAAACGGUGAUUUCUCCGCCGUCCGACCUCCGUUUUGCUCACCGUCGGUCCCGUUGGAUUGCUCUCCUCACGAUCUACAAAUCUGCAAAAUUUCACAGCAAACGGCCACCGUCGGAAAUUACUGUUCCGGCGACGGUUGCCGGUGACGUGGCGGCCCGCCGGAAAUUACUGUUCCGGCGAGUACCCGAAAAUUCCGGCCAGCUCCAGUCCGCAGUGUUCGACCUCCUGAACCCAAAUCCGACUUCCGUUUCCACCAAUUCGCGACGGUUUGGGAGAAUUGCAGAGCCGAAACCCGAAAAGCUUCCCGAUAAAAUUCCAACCCCGUCGGGUACGAUCAUCGGAAAUUAAGACCGGAUCUGUGAUUAGCAUCACUCGAGCUUCGAUUCGGUAUAUAAUUCGUAAAUUUUAGUUAUCGUUUGUGUUUUGACCCCCCGGGUACCGGGUAUUAUUUACCCGAAUAAAAUAUUAAUUUAUUUGACUGUCUGUGAAUUUUGUUCUAGGAGCACCGGUGAGUCGUAGAAUUGAUCCCGUAGUGGAUCAUGGGUUAAUUGCGUGCUCCAGGUUCCAGGUUGUCGGUGUUCAUUCGGAGCGGACUUGAUCUUCCUCGCUGUUUUACUUCGUGAAGUACCCUGUUAUUCUUUUAUUGCAGUUGUAAUAUUUCUUUCACUCUUGUUGUAUUUAUUUUGCACUGGAUUACUGUAUUUAUUUUUUUUAAGUGCUGCAAUUUGUGGAACCAAUUUGUAGUUUGUGGGAGGAAUAAGGGGAUAUUUUUGAAGUGUGUUUUCAGUGCAGGUAAAUUUGUGGUAAGUAAAUCCCUUAGGGGAGGUGCUGCCGGAUUUUCCGUUGGAAGGUUCGGUGGUAUUUCCCUGGGAUCAGGGCUGUCUAGGGUUCCGGAGGAGGAAUUCUGGACGGGUCCUGACA